AUGAUUCGCUUACUAUUAGCAAUACCGCUUGUUUUGUUACUAGAUGGCGCUGGAAGUGAACAAAGUGCAAGUGGUGAGACAGAAAUCGAACCAAGAAACAGUGGUGUACUAGAUUCAACGAUAUAUGGCGCACAUUUUAAUCAGUCCAGCCACUUGAAGAAUUCAAUGGCAACUGAAAAAAAUACACCAAAUGGAUUGUGGAUCUGGAUAUUAGUAGGGACAUUGUUUGUGGUGCUUGUGGUAUUCGGCGGGAUAGGCUUGUGCGUAGCUUGUAUGCCAGUGGAUACCGGAUCUCGAAGUCGGAAACAGAAACAGAAACAGCAUCAGUGUCAGUGUCAGUGUCAGUGUCAGUGUCAAUCUCAGCAUCAGAAUCAGAAUCAACAGAGCCCCGUUCAACCAUAUGAUUCUGUCGAGCCUGAUUUAGAAUUUCCUAAAAAGGCUUACACGAAAGUUGAAGACCUAGAGACUCUUGUUGGAGAGGAAGAGCUUGGAAAUCCCAGGAAGAGCGAUUUGGAUUUUUCUCAUAUGAUGUUUUGA